UAUGUUUCUUUCUUUCUUUUUUUUUUUUUACAAGAAUCUGAGCUGCCACACAUUAUUCUACUGACACUGAUUUCCCUAAUGAGAGAAAUAAAUGCUUGUUACAGAUAAAGCCUUGUCAUGUAUCCAAUAAAACAGGUGCACCCCUACAACCCAAUAUGAAAGCAGCCCAGUGUAUCCACUUCAGUCAAUGGCAUCCUAUGGCAUCUCUGCAGGCUGCCAACAGCAGGAGGCAGGUAAUCAGUUGCCUGUUACUGCCUGCAUUAACACAUCUGGUCUACCACUGCAAACUCUACAAAGUGCGUGCGUGCGUGCGUGCGUGCGUGCGUGCGUGUGUGCGCGCGCACACGCGCAUACAAGACUAAAAUCCUGGAAGGGAGAUUCAACUGGUCUUUAAUACUAAAAUCCUCUAUGGUUCCUUUGAAACCAUAGUUUUAUUAGGAUUAAUUUAAAGUUAGGGAUGAAAAAGGUUUAAGACUAAGGUUAGUUUAGGUGCCGUAAUUGAAUUUGAGAUUAGGUAAAGGAAUAAAAACCGUAUCUGGUGCCCAGUAGUUACACAUGGUAGGUCAAGUGUACUCUAACAACUGCUAACAGACAGUAAACUUAAACCAACAGUACAUGUCAGCACCUUAAAGUGGAUAGAAUACAUAUUUCUUUUAUAUCAAUCCAUCAUUUUCUACUUAACAAUGGUCAUUUUGUGGUUAACAGAUUAAGCCGGUCAUUCCAGAUGUCCCGCUUCCUAACACCAUGCUCCACAUGAGAUAUGUAAUCCCUCCAUCUCCAGGAGGUAUCCAAAUCAGAUGUCCAAACUGCCUCAGCUGGCUCAUUUCAACUCAAAGGAGCAGCAGCGCUACUCUGACCUAACUCUGGAUGUCCGAGAUGUUCACCCUAUUUCUAAAGCCCAGAGAGGAAGCUCAUUUUAGCUGCUUAUACCCACAACUCCAUUCUUUCCUUAACUAGACGAGGGUUGGAGCAUAGACGACUGGCAAACUCCUUCACUUAGGCACCAGCUCCCCUUCACUGUGGCAUUGCGGAGUGAGCAAUCUACUGGUUUCCAGAGAGAACCAGACCUCAGACCCUACAGCAAACUGCUGUCCGAAUCUGCAGCUCCCCUCAGAUUUAUGAAUGCAAAAAAGUGAGUUUCAUCUAAUUUUUUAUCUGUCCAGCUGCAACUUUACUGUGUUAGUUCACUCAUACUGUUAUAGGAAUGUAAAAAUGUUUUGGACUUGUGUUAUUUGUCUUUCUUCCAGGAGUCAUGUCAUUAUUAGAGAUGUUUUAAUGGUGCCACUUUUCUCAUCAAAUUUACAGCAAGGAAGUGAAUACUGUGCUUGUGAGUUAAUGUGAUUUCUUAAAAAAAAACUGUUUUGAUAUAAGGACGUAUGAGCUUUCAGUGAAGUCACAAUGGAAUCUCCUUUGUGCACUUUUUUUAAUCAAAUACUACUUUAGAUCCUGGUGUAGGUGUGUUCUGAAUAUUGAACUGACAUCAAAUGUUCACGUUGUGCUACAUAAUAUUACAGUCAGCUAAUUUAAAAGGUCUUCAUAUGCCAGCACUCAUUAUUCACUUAACAUUGCCAAGGCAAGACUUUUGUAUGUUACCAGGUGACCCUGCUGGACUUGAUGGCAGCAGCAGUGAAGAGAUUGAACUGGACAGGAGAGAAUACCCACUGGACCUGGGGAGAUGUUUGAGGGAAAUUAUUUCAGUUUUAUAUUAUUGAUUCCACUCACACGCUCUGUAAGUGCUAAUCUGUGUGUGCCAACCAAGAUCUGAAUUUGGAGGUAUUUCGAAUUUUGAUUUAAGUUGCUAAAAAGAUUUAUUUAUUUUGAUUCCUCCAAUUUGCAACAUACUGGUGACAGCAAUUAAUUAGUCUGUCCUGACUAUGGGACACAUUUUUUGUUAUUGUUUUAUUGUUCUUUUAUUUUGAUGAUAUUUAGUCAAGUUUUUAGCCUUUCUAUGUUCCCUUUCAUUUAGUAUGAAAUAUAUUGACUGCUUUUUGACAACAAUUUUGGUCAGAUAUUCAUUUUCUCCCCGAGAGGUAUCUUGAGGAUGCUGCUAUCCCCUGAAAACAUCCCACAUUUGUACCAACUAAACUGUCUUGUUUGUAUGUUGAUGUCACAACAGUGCUUUACCUACGUACAAACUCAUAGAACUGCUAUUGAUGCUGCGGGUAAUUAGUCUUGUGUCUGUGAACAAUUCGUUAUAUAUAUACAUGUAUAUAUAUAUAUAUAUAUAUAUAUGUAUAUAUUAGGGCUGUCAGUUUAACGCAUUAAUUAGAUUAAUUAAUUAUGCUGCAAAUUAACGCGUUAAAAACAUUAACUCGGUUAAUUAUGGGUGGCAUGUCAAUGCGCAAGCAUAUUAAAUUUGGCCCAGUGAGUGACCGUAGGCUGCAGUGGUACAUCACUUCCUCCCUCCGCCACUAGUUCAAAGCAGUGACAACAAACAUGGAUGGGACACAGGAAAGCGAGGAGAGUCUACUUGGCCCUUUGAACGGCAAGUUUAUUUAUAGAAAAAACAAAGACGGGACUGUUAACAAGAACGCAGUGAUUUGUAGCUUGUGUAAAAAGGAAUUUUCGUAUCACCGAAGCAGCUCCAGCCUGACUUAUCAUUUAAACGCUAAACAUGUCCGGGCAAGUUCCACUGUUAAAGUUGCUGCUAGUGAUGCUAACGCUACCGUGAGCUCACUCCGCCAACCCACGCUUGCUGAGUUAGGAAAACGAAUGAGCAAAGCCACGACAGAAAAACUGACAAACUCAAUCGCAAAGUGGGUUGCUGCUGAUUGCAGGCCAAUUUCAAUUGUGGAAGAUGAGGGCCUAAAGGAGGCGUUUCAGAUAGCGUCAUCUGACCCGAAUUUCCAGCUACCGUCGAGAACUACGGUGAUGAAAAGAAUUCACCAAUUGUACAGUGAUGAGAGGACUGCAAAAGAGAAGUUGUUGGCAGAGGCGUCCUAUGUCGCCCUAACAGGCGAUCACUGGACAUCAAUAAGCAAUCACAACUACCUGGGAGUCACCGCACACCUAAUCGAUAGAGGGUGGAAACUAAAGUCUUUUGCAUUAACUGUGAGCAAAACUGUGACCCGCCAUUAUGCCGAUGCAUGUGCCGAGCAGUUUGAUGCUGUAACAAAGGAAUGGGAGAUAGAAAAUAAAGUGACAACGAUAGGAACCGAUAGUGCAAGAAACAUGGUUGCAGCAGCACGUCAGCUGCCUUUCGAUCACAUCCCAUGUGCUGCACAUAUGCUGCAAAGAACCAUCACAGCCUGCCUUGAGGACAACAGCUUUGGCACCGCCCUGGCAAAGUGCCGCAAAAUAGUCGGGCACUUCAGGCAUAGCCCUGCCAGUACAGAAGAACUGCAUCAGCAGCAGACUGCCCUCGGACAAGCCAGAGAGCCCCUGGUUCAGGACGUAUCCACAAGAUGGAAUUCAACACUCUCGAUGAUCUCACGGUACCUGAGGAACCACGAGGCUGUGAAUGCCACUUUGGCGACACAGAAGCACAAACUGGCCACACUGACCAACCUAGAGUGUGACAAACUACAGAAGCUGGAGGCCGUUCUGGAGCCCUGCAAAUAUGUGACCGAGCUGCUUGGAGGUGAGAGCUAUGUUUCAUGUUCAGUGGUGCUCCCCGCACUCUGCCAUCUCAACCGGGUCAUGGAUCCCACUGAUGAGGAUCCGGGCUACAUGAUAAAGUUCAAGACCACCUUUUCAAAGGACAUAGACACACGCAUGGCCAACAUCAACAACAGAUGGCUAAAAGUGGCUACAGCCCUCGACCCGCGAUUCAAGGACUUGAAGAGCAUACACAGGAAUGAGAGGGAUGAGGUGUGGACCUGGAUUGAGGAGAUGCUGCAGGAAUCAGAAGUGGGACCUGCUACCCCUCAACCCACAGAGGAUGAGCCAGCAGCAAAGAAGAGCCUCCUCCUGCUGUCUUCAGACUCUGACUCGGACGAGGAGCAGGGGCCUCUAGCCCGCUACAAAGCUGAGCAGUGCAUUAGAAUGCAUGAGUGUCCACUGGAGUGGUGGGCAGCUCACGCAGGAGCUUAUGGACAGCUGUCCUCUCUUGCACGCAAAUACCUGGCUACUCCGGCCACGUCUGUACCAUGUGAGAGACUCUUUUCACUCGCAGGUAACAUCAUACAAAAGAAGAGGGCAGCCUUACACUCAGACAAUGUGAACAAGCUUGUUUGUCUGAGCAACUGGCUCAAGGAGACAUAGAGUUGUCUGUUGUCAGAUCCUGUAAUGUUAGCUUGGGGUGGAGUUUUGAUUUGAGGAGUUGAUACUCUACCGCAGUUUCUCUUUUGGGUUUGAGUUGUUAUGCCCCAGAUUGUAGCUUUUGAUUUUUGUUAACUUCUAACUUCUCCUGAAUUACCUGUUUGUCAGUUUGUUAUUUUGUCUAAAAAAAUCACCUCACCUGUUAUCAGUUCCUCUCAUACCAUCCAUACACCCUACCUCAGCUUGUGGAAGUUUAGAUUCAAUUUUGUUCAAAAAAUCAAUUAACUGUAAACCAUGAAGUUUAGAUUAUUUUUAAAAACAAUGUUCUUGAGAAAAAUGAAGGGCAAUGUUUUGAAACUUGACACUUCAGAACAAUUUUUAAAUAUUAUUGGUCCCCAUAUGUUAACAUCGACAAAAUGAUUGAUUUUUGCAAAAAGUUGAAUCUAAACUUCCACAAGCUGAGGUUGGUUGUAUGGAUAGUAUGAGAUGAACUGAAAACAGGUGAGGUGAUUUUUGAGACCUUUUUUUCUUUUGAAUUUGAUUUAUGAAGCACACUUAACCAAUAAAAAUUUGGAAUUCAAAUCUUC